GAAACAAUCAUUUGUAAAUUGUAAAUUUUACUAAAUAUAAAUCCGUGGUAUAAGGUGUACCGUAACAGCGCAAUUUCACCUUGGUGUGGCCCACUGUGUUGAGUGGUGUUGAAGGAAUACGUGGUAUUUCCUACUCAAACACCUCUAGGUAACCCACAAGACCCUUCAUGUCUGACGAAGAAUACAGCGAAGAGGAGGAGGAGACCAGCAGGAAGAAGUCUGAUUCAGGGAAGCGAACAGAAGCAGUACCACCAACCAUGACGGAAGCAGAGUUAGCCAUGGAGGAGAAGAUGAGGAAGAAGAAGGAGGAGGAGGAAGCCAUGUGGCAGGAAUACAUGGAACAACGUAAGAAACAACGUGCCAAGGAGGAAGAAGAAUUACGAAAACUGAAAGAACGACAGGUUAAGAGAAGAGCCUUCCGAGCUGAGCAGGAAAAACGAAUGAUGGAAAACAAACGAAGACAAGAAGAGCAACGACAGAGAGAGCAAGAAGAAAAGAAAGCAAAAGAAGCGGAGGCGAAAAGAAAACGUCUAGAGGAAGCUGAGCGGAAGAGGCAGGCGAUGCAGGAUGCUCUCAAAAAAGAAAAAGCUGGUCCAAACUUCGUCAUCCAGAAGAAAGAAAUGGGUGGCUUCGGUCCUAGCGAAUUGCACAAGACAAAAGAACAAUUGGAAGAAGACAAGAAAAUCGCUUUGGGCUUCCGAGUAAAACCCCUGGCAAUUGAAGGACUGCCAAGCGAUAAACUGAAAGCUAAGGCCGAAGAACUGUGGGAAUGCAUCAUCAAGUUGGAGAGUGAAAAAUACGAUUUGGAAGAGCGUAUGAAGCGCCAGGAUUACGAUUUGAAAGAACUGGCGGAAAGACAAAAGCAAAUUAACAGAAACAAGGCUUUGAAGAAGGGUCUUGACCCAGAGGCUUUCUCAGGAAAAUAUCCGCCUAAACUUCAGGUGUCAUGCAAGUAUGAAAGACGUCUUGAUAGCCGAACAUACGAAGAUAAGAAGAUACUUUUCGAUGGAGGCUGGGGCAAAAAUUAUCAAACUCAAAUAGAACAAGUUUGGCAAGAACGUAACACCCAAUGGAAAGAUCGCGGCCCUUCAAAAUUACCCAAAUGGGAUCCAACAGCACCCAAAGCAAAAGAAAUUUUAGAAGCUCGUGUUUACGAUGACGAUGACGACGAUUUAUUCGAGGAACCACCCGUAUUUCACAAAGAACCAACUCCUCCACCACCAAAAGCUGCACCACCUCCACCUGAGCCUGAGGAAGAAGAAGAAGAGGAGGAGGAGGAAGAAGAAGAUGAAGAAGAAGAGGAAGAAUAAAAAGUUUAUUAACCGUGGAUUGGACUGAUUUAGAACCGUAUAGACCUGUCACCAUCAUCCUCACACCAUCAAUUUAUCCGUCCAGUUUGUAGAGAUCCAACCCGGCUUUCAUAAGGGAGCAUCAAAAGUAACCUAACUAAAUAGGACUCAGCCAUUCCAUGAAGAGGAUUCGUCCUCUGCAUAAAACCCUCAAAAAAAUACGAACCAAUCCACUAAAAAUAAAAAGUCGCUUUUAAAUGGAAGAGGAAUUUUUCUACAUAUUUCUUAACACUUUUACUCUGACCUUUGAAAUUACCUUCAAAACAGACUAAUCUCUUAAGGAAUAUUUUAAGAAAAGCAAUUAAUUGUAAAGAUACAGUUUAAGAAACAAUACUGUAUUGUGUUUUUCUCUUUUGUCGGGUGUCAUUUAAAAUAAGGCAAAUAACUUUCCGAAUAAAUAUUUAUCUAGUUCGGUU